AUGGGAGGACACGUCGCUGACCCUCCGACCGAGGUCAUCACCGACGCCGGCCCCGGUUCGGCAGGGCUUGGCAAGGCGAGUCCUCCGAGGCCGGACACUAUGGUGCGGGCGGCGCAGCUGCGGCGGGAAGUCGUCGCUCUAGCGAGACUCAACCCUUCUGUGGCCUUUGGGUGGAGCAUCGGGCUGAUCGGCCCGCACCACCAGCCGCUCGAGGACGCAGCGAGGGUCGCGGCGCCGCUCCCGCCGAUCCAGCCGUGGCCCUGCGCCAGCCGGAGCUCGUCGUCGAGCAACACUUCACGUGGCAUCAAAAAGGGGAGGAGGAGCUCGGCGCCAAAGCUGGACCGCGGGGCGGCGGACGCGUUUGGCGAGCUCCUCUUCGACCGGACGCCCAGCACCUUCGAGGCCUUGCACGGCUCCCACGCGGCGCGGGGGCGCAAGAGGCCAAUCGGGUCCGACUCGCUCGACUCUCUCCCGCGCGCCGAGAUCGAGGACCUCGACGUCACACUGCUCUGCACCCCCGACCUCGACGUCCUCAUGUCGGACCAGCUCCCUCCGGACCUCGCACUCCCACCAAAGGUGCUCGACCAGCAGCCGCGCGGCUCCCCCGUGCAGCCCCACGUCACUUGA